AUGGAUGAUGUCGAUUUGCGACAGGAAAUCCUCCAGCGCACUCUCAGGGAGGUAGCUGACGAGGAGAAUGAGGCUGCCAAUCCCUGCGUUAUUUGCCUAGACACUAUCACUGAGCCGUGUGUGGCACAGCCAUGCCACCAUGCGAACUUCGACUUCCUCUGCCUCGUCAGUUGGUUGGAGCAACAGCCUAGAUGUCCGCUAUGCAAGAUUGAACUGACAGCCGUGCAAUACGAGCUCAACGCCCCGCAAGGCCCAAAGCUAUACAAGGUCCCGCCCCCGAGCGCAACAACCCCAACAGUUCCAACUGCAGCUCGGUUGCGCCCAGGCACCCGUUACGGUGCACGAAGAGGACGGCGUCCUUCGCCUCCGCCGCGACCACAGUUAGAUGACCCGCUCGAACGCCGGCGCAAUGUCUAUCGCAACCAAACAUACUCUAUGCGAGUCGGAUCCAAUCGACUCUCUCAAUACCGAGAACUGACGCCAGAGUUAUUCGGUCGGGACGAGGAGCUAGUUUCGCGCGCUCGGAAAUGGAUCCGUCGCGAGCUCCGAGUCUUCUCUUUCCUGAAUCCGGAGCCGGAGCAAGAAGAGAGAACAUCUCACCAGGUUUCACGGCCUGGACAUCAACGGCUACAGAACCGCAGGGCAAACAAUGCCGAAUUUUUGCUGGAAUACAUCAUCGCUAUCUUGCGCACGGUUGAUCUCAAGGGGAGUGCCGGACAAGCGGAGGAGCUGUUGCGCGAGUUCAUCGGACGAGAUAAUGCCUGCCUCUUUCUCCAUGAAUUACAGGCAUGGCUGAGGAGCCCCUAUACUUCCCUGGAAGACUGGGACCGUCAUGUUCAAUACUCCGUUACUCCGCGGAAUACAUCUGACGGAGGGUAUAGGACUCCUGAUGGUCCGGACCGAAGGCCGACCCCUGUGAGCAAUCGGAGUAGGCCACAGAGAGCCCGGAGACCAUACAGGUCCAGGUCGCAGGAGGCGCUUGAUCGCUCAAGGCGGCUGCAACAGGCUCAACAGCGAUAUAAUCCAUAUUAG